AUGGAGCUCCACGGCAACGCCUUCAAGAAGAGGAGCGACACCAUGGCGCCGCCCCGCAGCACCUCCAGCUUCGACGGCAGAACCACCACCACAACCCGCCGGCAAGAUCCGGCGGCGAAAGGCUCGGGGCCGCCGCCCCGGCAUCCUCCAAGCCCCUCGAACGAAGCAGACCCCUGGCACCACACGAAGCCGCCGCUGAAGGAGCAGCAGAGCCCACGAACGCCGUCAGGCCAGAUCCGCCGCCUCCGCCGCGCCCAGCACGCGCACGCCCAUGCCGCACCUCUGCCAAGCGCCCCGACGGGCCUCCAUCACGCGGAACAGGCGACCAGCAGGCCGCAAGUCUGCGCUAAGUACCGCGCCGGGCUGGCAGGCCCCUCCACGCGCCGCCACACGCCCUCCCGCGAGGACAAGUGCGGCCACGCCACCACCGGCCGCAGAGCAGAAAACUGCACGCCAUCCCGUCCCGUGCGACGCCGCCGCGUCGCCAUCCUCUCCCGUGGCACGUCGCCACCGCCACGGACCUGCAGCUCCCGGCCGAAACCGCCGCGUCCCGACCAGCCUGCCACCCGCGGUGGCCCGCCGCAGCAGCCACCGGCCGCGCCAGAUCUGGGCUCGGGCCCCAGACCCGCGCCCUCCACGCUGCAGCGCCAAGGAAGCUAG